AUGGAUGCCCCCUCGUUUGGAUGGAUUAAGUGUAAUACUGAUGGUGCUUAUGAUGACACUUAUGGAGCUAAUGGUGCAACGAAUGUGAUGAGAGAUUUUUCUAAUAAAGCUUCCUUUUGUGCCUCCAUAGUCUUUGAUGUUCACUCUGCUGAAGAAGAUGAAGCCAGAGCUAUUUGGGCAGUCUUGAAGAAAGCAGUAGAGCAGCAGUUAACUCAUAUCAUCGUCGAAAGCGAUGCGAAGUCCCUCAUUGAACAAUUUUCAGCUGGCAUGUUCGAUGAAAACUCGCGUACGGAUGUCAUUUUUAAGGAUAUUCAGUUUUUUUCUUCUAAAUUUGUGGCUUGUAUCUUUAACUUCCAACCACGUGUUUGUAAUUCGGUAGCUCAUGAGUUAGCUCAAUGGGAAAAAAUAAACAAUACCUCUAUGUACUGGUCUGUUCCUCCUGUUUGGCUCCUACCAACAGUCGAGAGGGAUCAUUAG